AUGAAAGUCACAAUCAGAUUGUCUACAGAAUCCUCAUUCCAAAUCACUAUUCCAGAUAACUCAACAGUAGCUGAUCUCAGAAGCUCUGUCAAAGUGGGCUCACCAAACCCCAUUGCUAAGGACUUCAAGCUCAUAUACAAUGGAGCAAAGCUACAACCCUUGGAUAAGCUGCUCUCGUCCUUUGGAAUGACCCCAGAUAAGGAUAUCAUCAAUGUGAUUUUGAUGUCAAAUGGGCAUGACACACCACCAAUCUCGCCUCAAGCAUCGUCGGAGAACUUAUUAACAACGGCAACCAUUAAUGAUGGCAAAAGUACUACUACUAGUACUACUACACCAGCUAGUGUCGUUGUAAAGAAAACCAAAAAGAAGAACAAGUGCAAUUUCAAAAACUGUGCCUCUGCACCAUUAAGAAUGGUUGGUACUUGUAAUCACUGUCAGGGGAAAUUUUGUGCAAAACACAGAUUAUUAGAAGACCAUUUGUGUAUUGGACUACAAGUAUGUAAAGAUUCGGCACAUGAUCAAAAUGCCUUGAAGUUGCAAAGUGAAAGCACAAUAGUAAGCAGGGUCUAA